UAAUCGAAACUAGGGAUGUUCGGUUUGAAUAUUGAACCAGUCCGGUAGUAAAAUAUCCGGAAAAAAUGGCCGCUGACCAGGGAGAUGAUUCGCUGUAUCCAAUAGCAGUUUUAAUUGAUGAAUUAAGAAAUGAAGAUGUUCAGUUACGAUUGAACAGUAUAAAGAAAUUGUCAACAAUAGCCUUGGCACUUGGUGUGGAAAGGACAAGAAAAGAACUUAUUCCCUUCCUCACAGACACAAUCUAUGAUGAGGAUGAGGUGUUACUAGCCUUGGCAGAGCAGCUAGGACAGUUCACUCCACUUGUUGGUGGCCCUGACUAUGUCCACUGUUUAUUGCCUCCACUUGAGAGUCUGGCCACUGUAGAAGAGACAGUAGUCAGAGACAAAGCUGUUGAUUCUCUCCGUCUUGUAGCGGCACAACACUCACCCAGUGAUCUGGAAAACCACUUUGUACCACUAGUUAAACGCUUGGCUGGAGGUGAUUGGUUUACCUCUCGCACAUCAGCAUGUGGACUGUUCGCUGUGGCCUACCCAAGAGCAUCCAGUGCUAUUAAGGCUGAAUUACGACAACACUUCCGUAACCUGUGCAGUGAUGACACGCCGAUGGUGCGGAGAGCGGCUGCUGGGAUGUUGGGUAGUUUUGCAAAGGCUGUGGAGCUGGAUUAUCUCAAGUCAGACCUUAUACCCCUGUUCAUUAGCCUGGCCCAGGAUGAACAGGUAGGAAAUGACUCUGUCCGACUGUUGGCAGUGGAGGCGUGUGUGAACAUUGCCUCACUUCUCUCCCCUGAUGACAUCAACCUCCACGUGAUGCCCACACUGAGACAGGCUGCCGAGGACAAGUCAUGGAGGGUCCGAUACAUGGUUGCGGACAAGUUCACAGAGCUCCAGAAGGCUGUGGGCCCUGAGAUCACAAAACAGGACCUGGUGCCUGCUUUCCAGAGUCUCCUCAAGGACUGUGAGGCAGAAGUCAGGGCUGCAUCUGCCCAUAAAGUCAAGGAAUUCAGUCAGAACCUGCCAGCUGACUGUCGUGAGACAGUGAUCAUGACAAACAUACUGCCGUGUGUGAAGGAUCUCGUGUCUGAUGCCAACCAGCAUGUCAAGUCAGCCCUUGCAUCCGUCAUUAUGGGCUUGUCACCAAUUCUCGGCAAAGAAAAUACUAUAGAGCACCUGUUACCUCUGUUCCUGACCCAGCUGAAAGAUGAAUGCCCAGAAGUGAGGCUUAACAUCAUCUCCAACCUCGACUGUGUUAAUGAGGUUAUUGGAAUCAAGCAGCUCUCACAGAGCCUGUUGCCGGCCAUUGUUGAACUGGCUGAGGACACAAAGUGGCGGGUUCGUCUGGCCAUCAUCGAGUACAUGCCUCUCCUAGCUGGACAACUGGGAAUGGAGUUCUUCGAUGAAAAGCUGAACUCUCUAUGCAUGACAUGGCUGGUAGAUCAUGUGUUUGCUAUCCGUGAUGCGGCCACCAAGAACCUGCAGAGGCUUGUGGAGAAGUUUGGUAUUGAAUGGGCCCAGAACACUGUGAUCCCUAAAGUCCUGCAGAUGGCCCGAGACCAGAACUACCUGCACCGGCUAACAUGCCUCUUCUGUAUUAACUUAAUGUCAGAGGCAUGUGGCACAGAGUUGACAGUGAAGUUAAUGCUGCCGACAAUCCUAGGAAUGGCCACUGACAGUGUGGCCAAUGUUCGCUUUAAUGUGGCCAAAUCCCUGCAGAAACUCGGAAAGGGCAUGGACUCAGCGACUGUGAACACUCAGAUCAAACCCUGUCUGGAUAAACUCAAGCAGGACAGUGACAUCGAUGUCUGCUUCUUCGCUUAUGAGGCUAUUGAUGCAUUAAAAAUAAGUUAAUUAGAAUGGAGGCAUACAUUAGCUCCUGGUUGUUUCACGUGGUCAACAUAUAGAGACGUUAUUUGUAGGAGUCAUUAUUUAUCAUGAACUGUUAUCAUCUGUAACUAGACUGCAUCUGUGUGUAUACUCAGUGUUUAACUUGAGACAUGAUGUAGUUUUUAUAAGUUUAAUGUGAAAUGCUUUAUCUUUGUACUGAGAGAAAAAUGUUUACCUAAAAUACAUUAUAAUUACAAUACGCUUGCAUAAUUGAUUUUUAUUUCAACAGAUUUGUUGCAAAAGUGCUUAAAUAUUAAAAUCCUUAACUGAAGUUUAAAUUAUUGAUUUUUUUACUAUUAUAAUAAGUUCAUCAGAAUGACAUGCAAUUAACUAGAGUUCAGUGGAAUAUACACAUGUAGAUACUCUCUGUACUUAUACAAUGUGCUAAAGUGUGAAAGGUAUUGAUCAAAUCUGACAUAAAUAAUCUCAUCCUGAAUUGUUUAAAAAUUAAUGUAGUAAUGUUAUAACUUUUUAUAUUGUAAAUCCCGUAAGCGCGCAAGAGUAACAACAGUGUUCUGUAUUGUGGAGGUUUGUUUCAUGCACUGAUAGUAUCAGCGUUUUUUGGAAGCACGGGCAUUUGGAUAUUGUAGGCAUGUUUUCAUUUUCUGAAAUAAAAGUUGUAACGAGA